CCAAGGUGUGAAGACUAAGAAGGGCGAUAGGUUAAAAACUUCUGGUAUCAUCUAGAUACUCUAGAAGGCAAUAGGACCAUUCUACGUCGUCGUUCAAUGAGCCAGAAGUGAGCGGUGUGCUUGACAUACCAAGUUGAAGGGACCUUUUGUCUGAUGAACGAAUUGCCAUCGAAUAGUGCUUCUAUCUUGAACUUUGGUUUGGCAAACAGUUAUAUACUGAGAGAUAUACUGUACCUAGGCAGAAUAUAAGUUGCUGGAAAUCUUAGCUAUGGCGGCUUUGUCCUUUAAGUACAAUAUCCACCUACCAAAUACUUGUCCGACAUCUUCACUUUCAUCCCAUCUUCCAGACCCGAUAAUCUUAGUGCCACCAAACUUCAGUUUCUCCAGUACCACUGUUCACUUCAACCGUGACAUAUCUGAAUCAUCACAACCAAUGUUUCGACGCGCUAAAGCCAACUCGAAAGAGGACAACUUGACAUCACAGAUUCUGGGGCGAAUCUUCAAUAUUCCGCAUUCACUCACUUCCCAUCAUUCUUCUCGACCGUCUCAUUUACAACUUCUAAAAAAAUCUCGCAAACUACUACCUUCCAUCCAUCUUGGUAAAAACAAACUUGCCAAGCCCACAGCUAUCUUUCGAACGAGGAGGAAAGAAUCUGCAUCGACUUCCACGGCCUGCGAAAAAUUCGAUAUGAGCUCCGGCCAUAGUAUCGUCGCCUGUGUAGCAGUCUCCUCGCGGCCUACCACCGUUGUCGCUACCUCAUACGAUGUCGACGGCCAACUCCGAAACAACGUUAUCGCAGGCAGGAAACGAAGCUGCUCUGUCGAUUUUCCUGAUGAGGGAGUCUUCGUAGUCUAUCGGAAUCGCGCUCUCCAGAUAGCCGCGCCACCAUGUGACCAAAGGAAAUGCAACAUCUCGCAGCUCUGCCGUUGCCAUAAUCCUGAUCUAUCUACCCAGGGCGCUCUCCUCCAUCAUCAUGCCGACGAGAAAGGGGCAGUGAGAUGGCCAACAUGGAAGCCUUGUAGCCAUUGCCUGUUCAACUGGCUCCAUCUCUAUCAAGCCACGGAAGCUGCGAGUAAGCUUAAUAUGAAGUGCCUCCAACACCCUCGAUCCCUGACCUUGACGACCUUACACGGCCAGGAAGCUUUCUAUUAUGAUGGUGAGAUAGAAGAGCAACGUAUUCAUUCCCAAGACAACGGAAAUAUCGGGAGGUCUACCAACCACAAACUUUCCUGCCCGCCGAACAUUUUCGAGUGGAUGACAGAUGCCUGGGAUGAGUUCGCAGACUGUUGUUGUUGCAAGUCUACCUCCAUCACGGCUCUAUCCGACUCCGAAAGCGACAUAUCUAUUGAAGAUUGUUCCGGUAGUGAGCAAGGCAAGUCUGACAACGACUGGGACUGGGACGACUUCGACAUCCCAUGCAAGCAGACGAGUGCAUCAAGCAUUUCUGAAGUCGAAGACUACGACUUUAUCGAGGAUCUUGUCGACAAAGAAUUCCCGAAGUUGCGAAAGAACAAAAGUCCUCGGAUCGACUCCAAACCCCAACCAAAACCUAAGUUGUAUCGUCCGGAAAUGAAUGAUGACGAUUCCAACGAGGAAGACGACGAUCCUGUUCCCGUCAUAAUCCCACCUAAGGAUAUGGCCGUUGGACGAGGCCUUCGUACCCUCACAAACCCAACAUCGCCCACCCUAAUACCCGCAACAAACGGCAGCUCAACAACGGUUACCGAUGCCCGGUAUACGAAGUCACAAAGUUCCUUUGGAACUAAGCGUUCGUACUUCGAUGUCGUACGCUCCGAACAAUACGACGCAGAAUCCUCCGAGGACCUCUCCCGGGCGAAACAACGGAAGCUCGACUUCGCCGUUCCAAAGUAUGGAGGUCGGCGCCGGCAGGGCUCUAUGGUCCACGAGCCAUUCUCCCAGAACCCUCUCCUGAGGAAGCUCGUCCCUGUCUAAGGGAAUAAUUGGGAACAUGACAGCAAAAAGAAGUUUGCUAUAUGUACUUGAAUACAUCGUGCUUGUGUCUAGAUCACACAGAACACGAUUUCAGGAGAUUCCGUACCACUUGGUUCUCCUAUGUCGGUUUCUACCUUAUGAUUUCGUACGGUCUCGGUUUUCGUGGCACGGCAGGAUGAAUAUAGCCAGGAUAGUCAAUCGUGGCUAUUUCGAUUUUCACGUCACCGCAAACAUUACCAGCUGGGGGCGUGGCAGAGAGCAGAGAACACUCACCACUGUAUCGUAUCACCGGAAGAGACACCAGUCUCUUCGCACAGCUGUGAAAAAGCCUAAGUACAACCAGUUAAGCACAACAUUGUUACCACGCAUCGGGUUCCUACAUGUCCUAGCUGGGGGGUCCAACGCGAUUAAAUUGGCCAAAAGGAGAUUUCGAGGAGGAAUGACGUAUUUUUCAAAUCCAUUCACUUGAGGGAUACGAACGAACGAACGACCGCUACCAGACCAAGAUUCAUUUGUUGAUAAUAAUUUUGUAUUGCACAAGUCAUAGGAAACAACCCAUAGUUCCCCAUUCUGGGUGACUAUACCGGUUUA